AUGAAGAGUUCCGCUCAUGUUUAUUCUGGACAUAUUAGACGGUUGCACCAAAACGGCUGCGUCGGUUUUAUUUGCUGCCGUGGAGGAAGUGUUGCUCAGUCUCCCUUUGUUUGCCGAAAAUAUUCUUAUAACAUUAAACAGAAGCCCAAUAGUGUCAGCCAUGGCUGGACCUGUCAGCUUGGAGCUGGAUCCAAUCUUUCUGAAGGGACUGAGUUAUCUGCACUCAAAGAGCAAAGAUUCAGCAGAGAAGCUCAAAGCUCUGCUUGACGAAUCCCUCGCAAGAGGGAGUGACUCAUCCUACCGAUCCUUGCAGAAAGAGGUGGAGGUGUCAAAGGUUUCCGUGUCCAAAAUGAGCUUGAGUAAACAAGAUUCCAAGUUGUCAGGUUCCUCCUCCGCCAGCGGCAGCGGAAGCAGCAAACCCGUCUCCGAGAAGAGCAAGAAAGAAGCGGAGAAAAGACCGUCAGAAAAGGUCAGGGUUGACCUCGGUGAAGUGGACCCCCCGAAAAAGCCUCGUUUGGAGAAACCGGAGAGUCGAUCUUCUCCCAUUACUGUUCAGACAAGCAAAGACCUGUUGCCAAACAUAAACGACUACGAUGAGACCAACGCAGAUGACUUCGCCAUGGAGAUGGGCCUGGUUUGCGUGGUUUGCAGACAAAUGACUGUGACCAUGGGAAACCAGCUGGUGGAGUGCCAGGAGUGUCAUAAUCUCUACCACCAAGAGUGUCAUAGACCUCAAGUGACAGAUAAAGAAGUUAACGACCCCCGACUCAUGUGGUACUGCGCCCGCUGCACCAGGCAAAUGAAACGCAUGGCCCAGAAACCUCCACAGAAACCGUCCCCCGCCUCUGCAUCAUCCGCGCCUGUUGUAAAGGACACCGUGGUGAAGAAGACGGACCUCAAACUAAAAACCGAAACAACCAGCACCUUCCAAGCUUUCAAAAGAACAGAAGUGAAGCCUCCAGCUACAUUAGCCAACCCCACCAGCAGCAACUCCUCCUCCCCGGUCAGCGGUCUCACAGGCUGGGCCGCGUUUGGUGCCAAAACAAACCCGUCUGUUCCUGCCACUUCCAAACUGGCCUCCUCAGGCCCGAGCGGGAGCAGCAAGACUUUGACGGCUCCUGCCGGUCAGAAACCGGUGGGUUUGUCGGGACUAGCAGGAGCCAAAUCAGGACUUGGCAGCGCAAAGGUUACUGGGAGCAGCAAUGGAAACGGCUCCAGCCAGUCAACUCCUAAACCUCCCCCGCCUCUAACCCUAGGUAAGCAGGCACUUAACCGCUCAUCAAGUGGUGAGAGCCAAGGGAAAGGCUCCGCUUCAUCUGGAGCAGGCUCACCAAGUAGUUCCCAGGCAGCAGUUGGGGGGAACGGAGGGAAUAACGGAGGAGGUAAUGGAAACAAUGGGAACGGCUCAAAGGGCGCACCGACCUCUCAAGAGUCCCAGCUUAACGCCAUGAAACGCUUGCAAAUCUUUAAGAAGAAAGCAGCUCAGAAGAAACUAAAGAAAUGAGUCGGGGUUUAAAGAAACAGACAUGGAGGACAGUAAGCAGAUAGAAAGUAAAUAAGUGAAUUUAGAUCAUUGUUUUUGUACUUCCAGAGCUUCUGCAUAACGUGUAUCCACCAUCCAGUCACAUACUUGAACUUUACUGUGUGUAAAUGCUGCUGGAUACUUCUGUCCCAACAAAGCUAACCAACGAGCAAAGUGUCACUUUUUAACAACCCGGUAAAUAAAUAAUCUCUUCUCACAGA